CCUGAAGUCACCACAUUAAUGAGGUCUAGCCUGUUACACCUGGGGGGCGGAGCUUCAGCAGGUAGAUCCUGAGGUUUCCUUUGUGCAGCUUUAGUCAGAGUGAACAGGCGAGACACUGCAGCUGCAACGUGAGGUGCUGGAUGAUGAACCCUUCCUGUGGCCUGUGGAGUCUUUAGCUGCUGCUACUGGCACAUGAUGAGCUCAACCUUCUCUCCUCCAGCCGUGGAACAGCGCCAUGCUGGGCUCACAGAGGGACACCACGGCGCCUCUCAGUCCAGCACGCUGCCCUUCCUCCUUUACCCACGGAGCGUGGAGUCCGUGGGGCUGGGCCUGUACAAUGGGCCACUGAGGGGUUCCGGGCUCCUGCCCUAUCUGACCCCCUUCCACCACCACGGCCACUUCAGUGUAUACGAGUGUCCGUUUGAACCCGCGUUCAUCCAGAAACGGAACGAACGAGAGCGUCAGAGGGUGAAGUGUGUGAACCAAGGCUACGCCAAACUGAGGGACCACCUGCCGGGUCAGAGCGCCGAUAAACGGCUCAGUAAGGUGGAGACGCUGAGGGCCGCCAUCAGCUACAUCAAAUACCUGCAGCGGCUGGUGGAGCUGGAGGACAGGACACCCCGAACCUUGUCUCCCCCAGGCCACUGUGGAGGCGACUCUGGCUUCAGGUGCUGAAGGCAGAUGGCACUGCGGGGGGUAAAGCCAUCCUGAUCCUCCUCGCUACAGACCGAACCAAGAGUCCAGUUUAGAAUAUCAGAGGACGAGCUACAGCUGGACUUUUACUUCAUGUGACCUGUGCAAACAAACACUUUUCUCUGUGAUCAAGCUGCUGCAGGUGGACGACACUGGGCCACUGCUGCAGCUCCUCCUACUGGAAAGGGCCCAAUGACAAACACCAGAGGAAGGAAAAUGAAAAAAAACUGCAGUUUAACUUUGCUUUU